UAACUCUACAGAGAUAGAUAGCUCAUAACCAUGACUCGACAUCCCACAACGCAUGUUAUAUUUUCUUUUAAAGACAAAAAUAAAAAAUAAAAAGCGUUGGAAAUGGGCUGUUGAUUUCUUUUUUUUUUUUGACCUGGUCAGGCAGGCGUAUGCUACUUGUUUAAUGGAGGAGGAAGAGCUCUCCAGUUCCAGUCCCCAGCCAUCUUUUGGUAAAUUGAUGAAAUUUAAAAAACAAAUACAACAAGAGAAAUGAGGGCAACUACCAUCAAUUUGAUAAAGGAGUAUCCAUCAAAUUCUAAUGAUAUUUAAUUUAACACUUAUCAUAAUAAUGCUUGGAAGCCUUAGCCAGGCCCAACUAGAACUCCACUAAACCCCUAUCCCAUUGUACUGUGGAUAUAUCAAAUAUGUCUUCAUGUGGCCCAUUGCCAAAGUUCACUCCUGCGAAAAUCGAAAAAUGAUUGCGAAAGAAGUCGAGAGAGGAAUGCUGGUCCAUCGGUCCAUCCAUGAUUUUCAAGGCCGGCUUCGUACGUUCCAGAUUUGAUCUCAUUUUUGCUAUUUGCUUCGGAUCUCAGAAUGGGUGUCAACGUCAUUUCAUCGGCACGGAUCCACACUUUCUUCUUCAAUUCCGAUACUGCGCCAAUUCAUAUCUCACAAUCCAAGCAUCUCCGUACUCUCAGGGCCCCCUUCAGGGUCAAAUCUGGGGCUUUGUCCUUCGCCCACCAGGUGCUCGAUGAAAUUCCGCUCUCCGAUACCUUUGCUUGGAACAAUCUUAUCCACACCCAUUUGACCAAUAGGGAUCCUGCGGGCGCACUCUCUAUUUAUCUUUGCAUGCUGCUUCGGGGUGCUCGUCUUGAUAGACGCACUUUCCCUCGCGUUUUAACCGCUUCUCGCCUUUGUAGCAACCUCUGUCUUGGCAAACAGCUUCACGGCCAAGUUCUCAAGCUCGGCUUCUCUUCAGACCACUAUGUCACUACUGCUUUAAUGGAAAUGUAUGGACGUCUUGAUGGUACUCACGCUGCUAAAUGGCUCUUUGAUAAAUCUCCUGCCAAGAAUUCUAUCUCAUGGACUAUGUUAGCUAAGUUGUACUUGACGCAUAAUCAGCCGGAUUUGGCUCUUCAUGUGUUCUAUCAAAUGAUGGACUCCAACAUUCAAAUUGAUCCAGUAGCGUUGAUGACAGCGAUUUGCGCGUGCGGUAUGUUGAAAUCUCUGCAGCAAGGAGGAAAUGUUCAUGAGAUUGCAAGGAAAUGUGGAUUGGAGUUUGAUAUUUUGGUGGCCAAUUCACUCUUGAAAAUGUAUAUUGAUUGCGACAGUGUUGAAGAUGCUCGUGCAACCUUUGAUCGAAUGCCAAACAAAGAUAUCAUUUCGUGGACAGAAUUGAUAAAUGUGUAUGUGAAGAAGGGAGAAUUUAAUGAAGCUCUCAAAUUGUUUAGGCAGAUGAUUUCUGUCGGAAUAAAACCCGACGCCCUCUCAAUUUGUAGCAUUCUCCCUGCUUGUGCAAGACCAGCAGCUCAUAAGCUUGGGAAACAGGUCCAUGCUUACUUGCUAAGAAAUGGCAUCGAACGCGAUAUUAGGAUCCAAAAUGCUGUUAUGGACAUGUAUAUUAAAUCAGGAUUCCUACAGUCUGCUUCACUUGUUUUUGCUCGUAUGCAGGAGAGGGAUGUAAUUUCAUGGACUGUAAUGAUAUUAGGCUUUAGUGUGCAUGGACAAGGUGAGCUUGGAGUAGAAUUGUUCCGCCGGCUGGAGAAGGACCCGAGCAUAGAGAUUGAUCAAUUUACGUAUGAAGCUGUCCUACGUUGUUGUGCUGCCUCAUGCAUGGUUGAGGAUGGAAAAUUCUAUUUCAACUGUAUUGAGGAACCUAAUACAACACACUAUUGUUUGAUGGUCACGCUCUUAUCUCGCGCAGCACUUUUUGAGGAGGCAAGAGCCUUUAUUGAAAAACAUCAGAUUGGGAGGAAUGGAAAGGUAAUGAGAGCACUGCUGGAUGGGUGCCAGGUCCAUCAGCAAGCAAAAAUAGGUGAGCAGGUCAUUGAGCAGCUUUUUGAGUUGGAACCCGUCAGUCUUGAGAACUAUGUGUCAGAAUCCAAUUGGUAUGCUGCUAAUGCGAAAUGGGAAAUGGUUGGGAAAUUGGAAGAAAAGAUUAAAGAACUAAGUUUGAAGCCUAAGAAAGCUUAUAGUUGGAUAGAAUUCCAUAAUAAAAUUCACACCUUUGGAACUGGAGACGCAUCCCAUCCAAGAUCAGAGAGAAUAUAUGGGGAGUUGCAGUGUUUAAUGGAGAAAAUGGAAACUUCUGCUUUUAACCUCCGAGAUGCACGAAAGAGGGAAUGCAUUGAAAUUGGGCACAGUGAAAUGUUGGCACUUAGUUUUGGUCUAAUAAGUACACGGGCAGGGGUAACAAUUCGUAUUGCCAAAAACCAGAGUGUGUGUCGUUGCUGCCAUGAUUUUGCAAAGCGUAUUUCUAAGAUAGUAGAGCGUGAAAUUAUAAUAAAGGACUUGAAUUGUUUCCAUCAUUUUAAGGAUGGUAUCUGUUCCUGUAGGGAUUUACUUUAGUCGUCUUACUUAGUCCAUGAUAUUGCAGAGGAAUUUCCCUCGACUUGGAAAGGAAUCUCCACAACUGAGAUGAUUUUUUGCA